ACGCGCCGCGGCGCUCCGUGAACGCACCGCUGCCAUAUUGUUGUUGUAUAUUUUCGGAGUUUCCAGCUGCAGACUCAGCGCUCCGUGUGUGUGAGGCUCUGCUUUCACUGACACUACACUGGAGUACGACACAAAGUCACCGCCAAAGUUCCCGGACAGCAGAGGAGCCGUCGGUGAGGUGAAGAUGGUGGACCGGCUUGCGAACAGCGAGGCCAACUCCAAGCGGAUCGCGGUGGUGGAGGGCUGCUUCGGCACUGCGGGCCAACCCCUCGCCAUCCCGGGCCGCGUGCUGAUCGGCGAGGGCGUCCUCACCAAGCUGUGCCGCAAGAAGCCCAAAGCGCGGCAGUUCUUCCUCUUCAACGACAUCCUGGUCUACGGGAACAUCGUCAUCCAGAAGAAGAAGUACAACAAGCAGCACAUCAUCCCGCUGGAGAGCGUCACCAUCGACACGGUGCCGGACGAGGGCGACCUGCGCAACGGCUGGCUCAUCAAGACGCCCACCAAGUCCUUCGCCGUGUACGCCGCCACCGCCACCGAGAAGUCCGAGUGGAUGAACCACAUAGGGAAGUGCGUGGGCGACCUGCUGCAGAAGAGCGGCAAGGCCCCGACGGGCGAGCACGCCGCCGUCUGGGUGCCCGACUCGGAGGCGACGGUGUGCAUGCGCUGCCAGAAGGUGAAGUUCACGCCGGUCAGCCGCCGCCACCACUGCAGGAAGUGCGGCUACGUGGUCUGCGGGCCGUGCUCCGAGAAGAAAUACCUCCUGCCCAGCCAGUCGUCCAAACCCGUGCGAGUGUGCGAGUACUGCUUCGUCCAGCUGACGUCGGGAAGCCUCGGGCCGCGCUCAGACUCCAUCAGCCGGCCGGGGUCAAAGUUCAACAACCUGUCGGACGACGACGACGAAGACGACAGCAGUGACUGAGGAGCGAGGCGCCCUCCGCGACGGCCUCCCGUCCCCACGGCGAGGAGGACGUCUUUUCUUUGUUUGUUUCUCCUCCCUGAUGAUCUGACAUUAUUUCCUGUCUCUCGUCUCAAACCAAAAUAUUUUAGUUUUCCAGCAGGGACGAUGAAAAUGUUCCUGAUGAAACGUGGGAUUAUCUUCAACGCUUCCACUCAGAGCGCCGCUUCUCUCGACUUUUUAAUUAGUCACUACAGAACAUAAUGGUGCUGCUGAGAAACCCCGUCCUCGUCCCCACCGAGAGGCUUCUUCUCUUUCAUUGAACUACUCACGGUGAUUGCUUGUAAUCUCUGCAGGGAAAAAGGAAGUUUGUCCUCUCGUCUUUGUGUCCUCUGUCCUUCAGGUAUUACGUCACACAGGGCUUCUCUUUGGUAUUUUUCUGCUCGGAGAUUCUUUUUAUAAAUAACAAAAUGUAGAUGUCACGCUAAACCCCCCGAAGCUUUUCGAGCUCUAACGUAGUCGCUUCUGACAAAUCAGCUAAACUCAGCGGCGGCGGCGGCCUCGAAUACUAACUCUGCCUUUUGCCUCCGCCGUCACGUCAGUGCCUUGUAGAGAAUUAAUGAAGCCAGGCUGCAAAAAAACCCGACGGGUCGGAGGAGUUGUUGGUUUUAGAGCAUUACAGACAGGAAGACUUCAGGCCUGCGAGGUUUGGAUUAGAGGAUGUUUGAGUCAGUAGAAAGCCUCGCUGGUUUUCACAUCGAGCUGCUAAAAGGUUUUUUUAUUUUUUAUUUCCACUACGUGAACUUUACCUGCACUCGUUCGGGCUCCUGCCUGAACACGACGGCGUUUCGGCAGACGAGUGAAGUUCAGCUGUGGCACAGACCACGAGGGAAGACGUGGAACUAAUUCAGGUUUAUGAUUCGUAACCGCCAGCACGGCUCGGAUGGUCGAUAGAUAGAAACACAUCAAAGCUGGAAUUAUGCCACGCACACACACCGUCACACACACGUCACACACACAUCAACAGCGACCAGAACAACCCAGAACCGAGCGGUGUCAGUUGGACCAUGUGAUCGGCCCGCUGCCGAAACAAAAGCAUCAAAUCCACAUGAUGGAUCGGCUCGUCAGGCCCGUGAAGCUUCUUCAGCACCAGAACUCUCGUGGUUCUGGUGUUGGUCCAUCAGACGAGGUGGAUUCAGCUCGGGCUGGGAGGUGAGGCGGCGUGAGCGUCUCUGAUUAUCGAGAGAUAAUUCCAGCGUGAGAAAAAGGGUCACAUGAUUUUAACUGUUGACGAACGCCACAGUUUGACGCCUGCUGCUGCGAUCACGUGACCUCGCCUUGCGUCACCGCGUGUGGAGUAAUGUGGUCACAAAACAAACGCACCCUCUCUGCGCCUGCACCCGCCGCCCCGGGUGGAGUGAAACUUUCUCUGCGCCCUUCCCUCCUUCCUGUCUCGUGUCCGUCCUUCCUUCCUCUUUUUUCAGGACUUCAGUGGAAAGCUCAGCCCGCCGAUCACGUGACCACGCGUGUGACCUGAAUCAUGUGAUCAGGCGCUGAACCUGGAAGUGGAAAGACGUCGUCGUCGGUUUCUCUUCUGUGUUUCAGACGCUGCAGGCCAGAAACAAACAUCCGCUAACGAGUCAUUUUAAUCAGUUAAUUAAGAAUCUCUCAAGUCCACUGAUCAGAACCCGGGUCCAGGACUCGGAUACUACUUUAAAAGUCAGUCCUGGGUCAGAGUUUAAACAGCAGACGGCCUUCAAAGUAAAAGCACUUCCUGCUAAAGAUCCUGCAGCGUUCUCGCUUCGAGUCUCAGCCGCGAGGAUAAAUCGCCUCCUCUGAUUGGCUGUGGUCACGCGGCGUGUCCUCGUGGUCGCGGGAAGUUUUAUUUUAAAAGCUGCUACGUCGAGUGUUGGACCAGGUCUGACCGGCUCCGUUCUGAUUGGCUCGAUUCAGGUUCAAAUGAUUUCAGCUUUACGUCAAAGAGUCCGAGCGGUCCGUUAUGUGCGUUGACGAGGUCGCGGCGCCUCGUACAAAGGGAUCAUUUUAUUUAGGUUUUUUUGAUUUUUACAGAUUUUCACGUUGCUGCAAUAAAAAGAAAUAAAAAGCAACCCGAGCGCGUUAACGAUCACUAACAGCUGACCUUUAUACUCUGCGGCCGGGUCCGGCUUCAGUCCGCUGUGCACAUUGACUGUGAUCCAGGUCGAGAUGUUUCUUCAUGUUCGUCCACAGCGAGCGACUCCGUCUAACGUUUUUAAAUCUUUUAAUCCUGUUGAUUCAUUUUGUACAUUUGUACAGACACGGUGUUUUUGGUUUGAUUCUGUUUGUGUUGUACAGUUUUGAUCAGUUCUGAAAUGACGCUGUUUCAGGUCUCCCUGUGCUCAGCCCUCCUCCUCCUCCUCCUCCUCCUCCACCCGUCAGCAGCAUCUGCAGCUUUUCCACCAUCAACAGGUGAAAAUCUUCCUCUUCAUGCGUCAGUCGCAGCAGACGGUCUGUGUUUCAGUGAUCCUCUUCCUCCCAUCGACUCAUUCGCUCAGUUCACGGCCGACUUUCUCUGUUUGUCGCGUCACGUAAACGAGAACGCCGAUUUGUCCCGGAGGAAACGAUUUCUUGGCCAAAGACCAAAGUCGAAGUCAGUCGUCUCCACAGCUGAAUGUUUGACUGAAUAACUGAGCGAGUCUGAUCACGGACUCCUGUAACUGUGGAGUCUGAGCACACUGUGAGCUCGGGAGGACGUUAACAAAGCUCGUUUGUAGAUGAUUAGGUCCCGUUAACGAACCUCUGAACAGAAAGGCUUCAGCUCAAAGAACUUUAUGGAGCUUUAACCCGUCAAACCUCGACGGUAAAGACGCCGUGAAACAUGACAGAAACCGUUAAUCAUCCAUUUUCAGGGAGUUCAUAGAAAAAAAGCAAAGACUGUUUUACAGUGAAACAUAUUUUAUGUUUUUCACCAUGAAACAUUUUAAAAUAUGCAUUAAACCUUAAACAUGAAAUGAAACAGCACUGACAUCAUUUUACCGUAAUAUUAGAAAAGGUUCUAUCGUAUUUAUACUGAGUGUUCUUUAGAGGCAGAUGUUUGAACUCGCGUCGUUCUUCUGAGGUCUUCAGUUAUAAAUACGAAGCGUGCAGCAGUGGAUAGACACAGUCGGGAUGAGGAGGAUCAGCCGGACGAGCUCGGCUGCGUCUCAGUUUAUUUCUCUAAGCUGUGAGUGAAUAAAGAAGCUGCAGAUGUUCUGCUGAUGUAACGAGGAGACGCUGGAACAGCUGAAAGAGGAAAUCAUAGUUUUGGUUUUGUCGAGCGAGCUUCCCGUCUCCUGGAUUUGAUGUUUCAUUUUUGGUGUUUGUUUGUUUGUUUUUUUGAUCAUUUUAAUUCUUUUAAAAGCUUCAAUCAGAAUGUAACCAAGCAUAUCGUUCAUUACUAAUUCCUGCAGAAACCUUUAAGUAUAUAUUAUACAUAAAUAAUGUAUUGCUUAAAGCCGGA